AUGCAAAAUUCUUCUCUUAACAAACCUUCAAGCGAUAAAACUACAUCCCUAGGUUUUGCCAAAGUUGCUUUGCAGAUUCAAAAAGAAACUUCUUCUACCGAAUCUCCUUCUUUACAAUCUACUUCGCAGGCUAUUAGUACAGAACCUAACACUGAAACCUCUAUUCAUCUUGUACUUCAUGUAAAUGAAAAUACAACAUUUACUAAUGAUAAUUAUUCAACCAAACUUGCACAUACUAAUACUCCUGUUCCUAAAAACGAAAAACUUAAUAAUAAUAGAAAGCGUUUAAGGCCGCUUUUACUUGCAAUAAAAUAG